UCUCCCUGCCUGUUCAUCUGUCUGUGUCUAUAGACCACGGGCCGUCCCACUGGUCUGCUGUCAGUAGUCUCUGUGAAGGGAAGUCUCAGUCCCCCAUAGACAUCAAUUCCCAUGAAGCCAAGUAUUCUGCUCUGGGGAACUUCACAUUCUCUGGCUUCUCCAACAAGAGCACCAUGGACUACCUCAUCAACAACGGACACACAGUAAAAGCGGUUCUGAAGAGUGGGGCUGUGGAGAUCGCAGGUGGAGGCCUGGACCAUUUCUACUCCGCACUGCAGUUCCACUUCCACUGGGGCAACAGCACCGCACACAGCCCCUCUACAGACCACCGUUCUGGAGGUCAUGGUUCAGGCUCCUCUUCAGGUUCAGGCACGGGGACAUCCGGUUCAGAGUCUUCCUCCAGCUCCUCUGGGGAUGGCAAGAUGGGGGGAUCCGAACACAUGAUGGACUCUCAUCCCUACCCCAUGGAGAUGCACAUUGUGAGCAUGAAGAAAGGCGCUUCAGAUGUGAUGAAUGAUCCAAAAGGCCUGGCUGUGUUGGGUUUCUUCAUUGAGACCACUGAUGACCCAGACAAGCCAGAGAGUUGGAAGAAUUUCACCAAUCACCUUGAAAUGAUUGCGAUGACUGACAGCACCAUUGACCUCCAUCAAGAUAUAUCGCUUGACGCCCUCAUCGGGGACGUGGACCGUUCCAAGUUCUACCGCUACCAGGGCUCCCUGACCACCCCCGGCUGCAACGAGGCAGUGGUAUGGACCGUCUUCAAGGAGCCGAUCAAAGUCAGCAAGAACCUGAUUGACAAGUUCCCUAUCAUGACAAGGCUGAACAACAACUUCCGGCCUGUGCAGGAUCUGCACGGCCGCGUGGUGUACACUACUGUCAACAAAGACGGCCACUCCUCUUCCUCAUCCUCAUCCUCAUCAUCUCGUCUCACGUGCCACAUGUCCCUCCUCUUCCUGCUGCUGUGUGUCUCCGCUACCAUCUGGAGAUACCAGCAUUAGACACAGGACUAUGCAAACACACACAUACAGAAUGCACACACA